AGUUUGCUCUGGCCGUCACUCAAGCCAACAUAACAUCAUCAUCAACUUACUGAGGCGCACCGCUUCUUGAACCAAAAUGCGUCAGAAACGCGCCAAAGCGUAUCGCAAGCUCAUGUCGUUAUAUUGUCUCUCGUUUGGCUUCAGGCAACCCUACCAAGUCUUAGUGGACUCAGAGAUGUGUAAAAAUGCCGUCUCGCAAAAGCUUGACUUCACCAAGCAGCUCGGCACUGCCCUUCAAGGGGCAAUCAAACCGAUGAUCACUCAGUGCUGUAUCCACGAGUUGUACCUGCAAGGCAAGGCCCAACAACCAGCUGUUGACCUUGCAAAGAUGUUUGAGAGGCGAAAAUGCAAUCAUAAGGAGGCCAUUCCUGGAGAUGAUUGUCUCGCAAGCGUUAUAGGCGACACGAACAAGCACCGCUACGUAGUCUCAACGCAGUCCCAGCCGCUCCGCGUCAAACUUCGUUCCAUUCCUGGCGUACCCAUCCUUCAUGUAAAUCGCUCUGUCAUGAUUCUCGAGCCUCCGAGUGACACCACCCUCCGCGCAAAACACCUUGCUGAGCAGCAAUCCCUUGCUCCUUCCACUUCCGAGAUCGGCAAACUGAAAGCAGCCGCACCCGAAUCUCAGCCUGUCAAAAAAAAGAAGGGUCCUAAAGGCCCGAACCCCCUUAGCAUCAAAAAGAAAAAAGUCAUUGAACCGCCAGCGACCAAGGUUAAGAGUGAGGAGCCAGGAAAGGGCAAGCUAUCAGGAGAAGUGACCAAAACAGUCCAGAGCGAGAAAACCGGCGAAAAGAGAAAACGCCAGGAAGGGCAUGCGCGUGAUGGGGUUCGAGAACUUGCUGCAGACGAUAGUACAGAGAGAUCGGAACCUAAGAGAAAGCGACGGCGGAAGACCGUAAGCCAACGAAGGGGAGAGAGUCCUUUGCAGCCGUAGCACACCAGUGUCUAGUAUGCCUAUCUCAUUUGUUAUGACUGGA